UCGGACGACAUUUUCAUUUUACGGAGCCAUCGGCGCCUCGGCGGACCUUGGUCUCCCGUCGCCACAGCUAAAAACUCAGACCGCCUGCUCUUGCACGGCCACUUUCCCCCUCCAGUUCUCUCGCUCGGUCGCGCUCUCUCUCUGCAACGCAAUGACGACCGCCAUGGGUCCUCCACCUCCGAGGGCCUCUAACCUCGAGUCCGACCCGUCCGCCGAACCGGAAGCUCCCAAAACUCUCCAAGAAGAAGGAGGGGAAGCAGCAGCAGCAGCAUCAACGAGCUCCUCCGCCACGGUCACUCCAAUGGCUCCGCCUCCACCGCGAAACCCUAUCUCCCCCGCCGAAAACGACGUCGACGCCUCGAAUCCCGACGACGGCUCCGUGUCCGAGAGCGACGCGACGCCGAACGCAGCGAAACGUGGGGGCGUCGCGGUGCCUUACACGAUUCCUCCGUGGAGCGAGCCACCUCGUCACCAGUUUUUCCUAGAAGUGCUCAAGGACGGUGCGAUUAUCGAUCAGCUCAACGUACACGAGAAGGGGGCUUACAUGUUUGGACGGGUAGAUCUGUGCGAUUUUGUACUUGAGCAUCCCACUGUCUCCCGAUUUCAUGCUGUUCUGCAAUUCAACGGGGAAGGAGAUUCUUAUAUAUUUGACAUUGGGAGUACUCAUGGUACUUUCGUGAACAAGAACCAGGUCAAGAAAAACGUAUAUGUGGACUUGCAUGUUGGUGACGUUAUUCGGUUUGGCCAAUCUUCACGGCUGUACAUAUUCCAAGGUCCAAGCGACUUGAUGCCACCAGAGGCUGAGGUGAAAGUUAUUAGAGAUGCGAAAAUGCGAGAAGAGAUGCAAGACAGGGAAGCAUCUCUUCGACGGGCAAGGGAGGAUGCCUGUCUUGCAGAUGGUAUCUCCUGGGGCAUGGGAGAGGAUGCUGUUGAAGAAGAGGAGGAUGAUACAGAGGAAGUGACUUGGCAAACUUACAAAGGGGAGCUCACAGAGAAGCAGGAAAAAACCCGUGAAAAAGUGUUGAAACGAACUCAAAAGAUUGCUCACAUGAAGAAAGAAAUAGAUGCUAUCCGUGCUAAAGACAUUGCUCAAGGCGGACUAACACAAGGACAACAAACUCAAAUUGCUCGUAACGAGCAGAGAAUUACUCAGAUAUUGGAAGAACUUGAAAGCUUAGAAGAGACUCUGAAUGAUAGCAUACGAGAGAGUUUAGGCGCUCGUACAGGAAAGUUAUCUCUCGGCAGAAACAAACGAACAACUGAAGAUGAAGAGGAAUAUUUGAGCGAUGACGAUGAAUUCUAUGACCGAUCAAAGAAAAAGGCAAAUGUCCCUAAGAUUGGCCAAAGCCCAGCGGUAGAAACUGCAGAUACUCUUCUUGACAAGAGGGAUGCAAUCAGGAAACAAAUAGAAGAGAAGAAAGAGCUGCUUCUGAAUGAGAAGAAGAAAAUAGAAUCAGAUAGUGCAGCAGAAACUGAUGCUGGAGAUGCACUUGAUGCUUACAUGUCUGGGCUUUCAUCUCAGCUGAUCCUUGACAAAACUACACAUCUCGAAAACGAAAUAUCCUCACUUCAGUCAGAGUUGGAUCGGAUAGUCUAUCUCUUGAAGUUUGCUGACCCAUCAGGAGAAGCUAGUAAAAGAAGAGAUUUGAAAGUGGAAGAACCAAAAUCUAUUGCAUCUGAUAAUCUAUUUGCCCCUAUUGAGAAGCAUAUUUCCUCAGAAACAAAAGAAAGAAAUAAGCAGGGGAAGUCAGCUAAUGGCUCCAGGUCUGAAGGAACUAUUCAAAAUACCAAAUCAAGCAAAAAGCCAGAUGAUGUCCAGACCCUUGAGGAUAAGGCGGAGGAAAAAGCCGUUCCAUAUACUGUUGUAAAGCCUCAGUGGCUUGGUGCCAUAGAUGAUAUGCAAGAAAGAGAAACACACAAAGAACCAGAAAUUUCUGAUGUCCCUGAUUCUGAUCAAUUUGUUGGUUACAAAGACAGGAGCAAAAUUUUGGCUGGCAUUGAUUCACACGCAAGGUCCACUUCAGGGAUUGAAGGUGCAUGUGGUCUUAUUAUUAGGAAGCGGAAACCUGAAGGCAGUGAAGAAAAACCCAAUGAUCAUUCUAGCUCUUCAGCUAGAGGAUCCGAACUUGCUGCAGAGGAUGCUGUGGCAUUGUUACUGAAACAUCAAAAAGGGCAUUAUUCAUUGGACAGCGAAGGAAAUGAAGAUAUGUCUAGCAGGCAACCAUCCAGCAAUGAUGUUAAAAAGCCUAAACGAGUUCUUGGCCCCGAGAAGCCGUCUUUUCUCAAUGCCAGCUCGGAUUAUGAAUCAUGGGUGCCUCCUGAAGGACAAUCUGGUGACGGACGGACCACAUUGAAUGAUCGUUACGGUUACUAAGAUUUACAGCUUUUGGUUGCCUGUCUGGAACUUAUAUUGGAAGCACAGAUUACCUAUAUAUGCUUGGAGACGCAUUUAGGAUUCAUAAGGAUCUCGCAAUAGCAUUGGAGGUUGCAGAGCCUAAAUUUUGGCUGAGCGGUUAUUCACUGGAAGGGGUCAUAAAGGUGCGGAGGACCACUAUUCUCAACCUGCCAAUGGGAAUUGAAAAUUGUGGUGCUCAUUCAUGGUUGUAAAAUGGAUGAAGAGUUGCCCCUAGCUUCGCAUGACGCUUUCUACACCAAGGAAUAGCAACGUGUACUGGUGCAGGCAGGUGGGUGGUACAAAGACAUGACAACUGAUAGUAGACAUGUAAUUUGGCAAGAAUUACUUAGUGUGGGUUGAGUUCACUGGAAUGAAGAAUUUGAUUACAUAUGCAACUUGAGAUGCCUAAGGCUAACCAGAUUGUUCGUUGUAAUCAGGAUGAGCUCAAGACAUACCAAGAUGACUGACAGUCCUGUUGCUAGACCUUCAAUGUACUCUAAACUGCAGUGUAUUCUGGAACAGGUCAUAGUGGUAAAAAAACUCAAAGCUGUGUUCUGAAGGAUUGGAAGUUUGCAGUGGCUGGUCAGUAC